CUCUAUGAUAACAAAAGCCAAACGAAAUUGAGAGGAAAAAUGUUGCCGCGCAUUUAAUAGUUUUAAACAAGAAAUAAGUCGGCGAUUUAGUAUGUAAGCACUCAAACUUAACUUGAAAGCACCGUUAUCUAACCGAAUAAAUGGAGUCUACGUCAAAAGCUAAUUUACUUAACCGUCUUAAAGAUCAUUUAAAACGGAUCAAGAAUCUACCUUCUGGGCCACUUUAUCAAAGUAUAAACAAAUAUUUGGCAGAACUUCACUUAGAAAGUGGCGAUGAAGGAGUUGCAAUAUACCAUUUUGUUGAAUCUCAAGCUGUUUCACUGCGGCUUCGAACCGUCGAACAAAUUAAUCGGCUUUCUAUGAAGUGUCUUGGGAAAUCUGUUCCUGAGGACUGCCACAAAACUGCUUUGGAGAAGAAAUUGUUAAUGCUAGGCAGUUGCCAACAGGAGUCCAAUUUUGACUCAAUGAUGGAGCGUUUAAAAGACCUGCCAACAGAGUGGACGGUGGUGCAGCUGACGUCGGGCUACAGCCCCCGGCAGCACGUGGGGAACCCCAGCGAGGUUCACACGCCCCCGUGCGUGCACGUCUCGCGCCUGGACCUUUGCGCCGGCCGGCCCUACUCGCUGAGGGUCCCGUGCGCCUCCCGCGUCGCCUCGCGCAGCGGCAACUUCCUGCGGGACUUCCUCGGCGAGCUCGAGUACUUGAAGCUGCAGUACUCCACCAUGCAGCGGGAGAACUUCUCCAGGUACCACCUGAACAAGAUGGCAGCGAACAGCAGGAUGCAGACAGCAAUGGCCCAAAUUGAAAUGAACUGGCUUCAACACUGGCGAUGUAUUUUGGUUGGUCAGCUUGCUGACGAGCAACUGAAAAAUAAAUUGGAAGCUGGACUCGAAAAAAUUGUAUCUAAUAUCGAGAAGUGGAAGAGCUCGAACACACCCGGCGUUCACCUCCUAAUGCAGGCCCUGAUGGCUUCGUACAGUUUGUCGGAGUUUGAAGUGAGGAAAGUCGUGUCGCACGUGACUGGCUCGGACUUGAAGUCUGCCGAGUGCAAGGCGGUCGCUAAAGACAUAUGCAGUCUGGGAAGUUCGUUUCCCGAAAUGAGUACAGCUAAAAGGCACCCCGUCAUUCUUAUCGUAGACGAUACUUUGAAACGUUUGCCAUGGGAAUCCAUUUCAGUUCUAAAUAGCCAUCCUGUUACUCGCAUACACUCGUUGCACUUCCUUCAUGCUCUGUACAAAGUGUACGAACAUCGCAUCGGCGACGGCGUGGUCCAAGGAGUGGACCCCAGCAAGGGACACUACAUUGUCAACCCAGACAACAACCUGAACCACAUGGAAGGGAGGAUAAAGAGUGCCGUCACGUCCCGCCUCCCCGAGUGGCGAGGGACGUUCGGGGUCAAGCCCACCCCACAGCAGUUUGGCAGCGCGCUUCAAGAAAGUGACAUCUUUGCCUACUUUGGCCACGGCUCCGGGGUGCAGUACCUGGGCAACAGGCAGAUCCAGAGGCUGCAGGUGAACGCCGUGACUCUGCUGUUCGGCUGCAACAGCACGGGGCUGACCAGCUUCGGCGGGAGGGUCGAGUCGUGGAGCACCGACCAGUGCUACAUCAUGAGCUGCAGCCCUUGUGUCAUCGCCACGCUCUGGAACGUCAUCGAUGUGGAAAUAGACAAGGUGUCGACGAAUUUGUUGCAUCACUGGCUGCCGCCGACCAAAGAGAUGAGGAAAAUUAUUGAGGACAACAAACAGAAACAGCCAUUGAAAACUACUGGGAACAAAGCGAAGGACGUGGACUUUGACCUCGUCAAGAGGACCACCUCAGACUGGCGGCAGGAACCGAGGCUGCUGGAAGCCAUGAGGCACGGCCGGGCGGCCUCCCAACUCUUCAUGACCUCCGCCUCUCUGGUCGCUAUCGGCCUGCCUGUUGGGCUGGCGUCCAACACUUGACGUGGACUCCUCGACACUCGGCGGCUUCAUUGUAGUGCCUUGUCGCCCUUUCUUUUUCGAGUUCUUACUCCUGAUGAUAUUAGUAUGUGCACACACCUAAUAUUGUAUGUCGCUUUAAUUCAUCAUGUGUUCCAUUCCUAUUAUUUACCUGUAAAUUAUAACAAAUCUAGAUAUUUUAAUUUUACUUCGUGUACUAAGUGGAAGGUAUGUUAAUUUUAUUCUGUUCGGUAAA